CUACAGGUGAGCGUGAAGUGAAUGACAGCUAGUUCCAAGUUGAUGUCUUGUAGGAAAACAUACAUAAUUAUCAUAAAAACCGACAAAAUGUCAUUUUUCAAGUAACGAAAUACCCCUGCCGAACAUGUUUGUGUCGAGUGAAUAGUCGUUACCAAUAGCAACACAUUCACAACAAUGGCUAUGCAACACAAGAACGUCUUCUAUUUUUGUGAAAUGAGCUGAUUGAGAAUGUCACAUUUAAGAUUGACAGAAAAUUAAAAAUGAACAAUUACAAACUAAUAGGAAGAGCGGGCGAGGGAGCCCAUGGUUUCGUUUUCAAAGGACUGGAUCUGAGAACCCAGAAAUAUGUUGCUCUGAAGAAAGUCGCUGUAAAUCCAAAUGUGGGGAUUCCAAAGAAUAUCUUUAGAGAAAUAUGUUCUCUACGUGUGCUUAAGUUCAGGAAUAUUGUGAAGUUAAUAGAAGUCACAUCAAUGGGUAGUUCUGUGAUAUUGGUUAUGGAAUACCUUCCUUGGUCUUUAGCUGAUGUUCUGAAAAAUUAUGAUAAGUCUUUGACAUUAUCCCAAAUCAAAACAUACUCAAAGAUGAUGUUGAAUGGUAUCGAUUAUAUACAUCAAAACCAUAUCAUGCAUAGGGAUAUGAAACCAGCUAAUCUUAUGAUAAGUGAAAAAGGUGUACUUAAAAUAGCCGACUUCGGAUUAGCUAGGAUCUAUGAUGAGACAACACCCACAUUGUACUCUCACCAAGUCGCUACUAGAUGGUACAGAGCACCCGAAUUAUUGUAUGGUUCUAGAAAUUAUACACAAUCUGUUGAUAUGUGGUCUGUAGGAUGCAUUAUUGCAGAAAUGGUCAAUGGUCAACCAUUAUUUCCUGGUGAAACUGAUAUUGAACAACUAGCUAUUGUUCUUGACACGUUGGGUACUCCUAACGAUGAAACGUGGCCAGAGCUCAAAGAACUACCAGAUUACAACAAGAUCGUAUUCACUCCAAGCACUCCGAAAAGUUGGAGAAUCAUACUUUCUACUGCAGACUCUUCUACUGUUUCCUUGAUAAGUAAAAUUUUGAUUUAUAAUGGAAUAAGGCGUUUAACAGCUAGAGAGGCGCUGAAACAUGAGUUUUUCAGGAAUGAACCUUAUCCUUGUAAGUUAUCCAAAAUGCCGAAACUUAAAAACGAAGCUCCUGAAAUGACGUGGAAUUUUGCCGAUUUUGAUGAGUGCCUGGAAAAACUGGAGAAGAAGUAACACCUGAUCUGUAGUGCUCAAAGCUAGUUUGGGAAUAUGAUUUUCUGAUGUGUCUGGUACGAAACUAUAGUUUUGGACGAAACUUGUAUUUUUCUAAAAUAAAUGUUUCGAAGACAA